AUGUUUUCAAAGCUCUCUCGGGCUUCUGGGUUUGCCGAGGGGGAGAAGAGGGCUUCGCCAGGUCGGGGUAAAAAACGNAGCCCUUUGGACCACUUACCGCCGCCCGCCAACUCCAACAAGCCGCUGACGCCGUUCAGCAUCGAGGACAUCCUCAACAAGCCGUCUGUGCGGAGAAGUUACUCGCUGUGCGGGGCGGCGCACCUGCUGGCCGCCGCGGACAAGCACGCGCCAGGCGGCUUGCCCCUGGCGGGCCGCGCGCUGCUCUCGCAGACCUCGCCGCUGUGCGCGCUGGAGGAGCUCGCCAGCAAGACCUUUAAGGGGCUGGAGGUCAGCGUCCUGCAGGCAGCUGAAGGUCGCGAUGGAAUGACUAUCUUUGGGCAGCGACAGACCCCCAAGAAGCGGCGAAAGUCGCGCACGGCCUUCACCAACCACCAGAUAUACGAGUUGGAGAAGCGCUUCCUGUAUCAGAAGUACCUGUCCCCCGCCGAUCGCGACCAAAUUGCGCAGCAGCUGGGCCUCACCAACGCGCAAGUCAUCACCUGGUUCCAGAAUCGGCGAGCCAAGCUCAAGCGGGACCUGGAGGAGAUGAAGGCCGAUGUGGAAUCCGCCAAGAAACUGGGCCCCAGCGGGCAGAUGGACAUCGUGGCGCUGGCCGAACUCGAGCAGAACUCGGAGGCCGCAGGCGGCGGUGGCGGAGGCUGCGGCAGGGCCAAAUCGAGGCCGGGCUCUCCGGCGCUUCCCCCAGGCGCCCCGCAGGCCCCGGGCGCCGGGCCCCUGCAGCUCUCGCCUGCCUCUCCGCUCACGGACCAGCCGGCCAGCAGCCAGGACUGCUCGGAGGACGAGGAAGACGAAGAGAUCGACGUGGACGAUUGAGCGGCGCCCGGGAUCUUCCGCCGCCCCGGGCCCCUGGCGCCCGCACGCUCGCCGCCUCCCGGACCGUACCGCCCAGGGGAGCUGGGACCU